AUGGAUCCCAUCGCUGAAGCAUCAGCUCAACCAAAACCAGCUCGGCCCAGAGGCACUCUCGGUCUAAAACGAGCCGUUCCUUCUACCCUUGCCAGUGCGUCCUUUGCUUCGCCAUCUCGAGCAGGUGCGGUUUCCAGCAUCGACACCGCCACUCCAACGAAAAGGGCUAGACUCGUUCUUCCAUCCCAACACAUCGGCGAAGACGACCACUCCGAGCCUCUACCCAUCGGCACCGUCGGUGGGAACGACACUCCACCUUCGCAUGCAUUUCUCCUCGCUCGCAACUCAUCGUCCAAUCAGGGCGCCGCUGUUUCUGCGCCACCCGGCACCGAAAACGCUGCACCUGGCCCAUCCAGUCGAAACGGUCCAUUCUAUCUGUGCACGUGGAGGAAGCCACAGCAAAAGAAGCACAAGACCUGGGACGGCGAUGCCAUCCUCGUCGUCAAGGAUGCAGGCGAACGGUGCAGUCUCAUCUGCUCCGAAACAGGUAAAGAGCUCGUCAGCUCGGCUCGCUUCUCAUUCAGCCGUCUCUCCUCGGGCGACGAGUUGGCGCUCGGUGGCAAAGAGAUCGAAAUUGAUCGCGAGAUUGACCAUGCCGAGUAUCGUGAUAUGAUCGCAUUCACCCGCGGUGAACUCUCGCCCGUCAAGAAGGGUCCAGCGCCCACAGCUAUACGCACUCCAAAACCCUUUGUAGCACCCGUCAAACGCUCUGCCAUCAAGCCUGUCGAUAUCAAUCAGAUCGCGCCCGCUCGAGCAGAAACCUUCUACGGCAAGCCAGCUCCGAAGCUCCUCCGCAAAGACCUCAACGACGACUCGACCGGAUCGCGCUCUGUAAGCCCAUCUUCUCACGUCAGCGGGCUCAUCAACCCGGGUCAAGGCAAGAAGGCCCAUCCUCGAUUCGACCCAGACGAACCAGGUGCCAUCGUCAUGAAACGGCCUGACGAGAGCCACCAACGGCGAUACAACCCCAAAGGCCGUCCCGUCGUCGACGUCGUGCUCGAUCCACAGCUCACCAAGGCCUUGCGCCCUCAUCAGGUCGAAGGCGUCAAGUUCCUCUACGAGCGCGUCAUGGGCAUGCAUGCCGACGGCGAAAAGGGUCAAGGCGCCAUCCUAGCAGACGAGAUGGGCCUUGGCAAGACACUCCAGACCAUCGCUCUCGUCCUCACGCUCAUGAAGCAAUCCUGCUACUACACGUCCAAGUCAUGCACCAUCGAACGUGCCAUGAUCGUCUGUCCGCUCACGCUCGUCAAGAACUGGAAGCGCGAGUUCCGCAAGUGGAUCGGCACCAAUUCGCUUAACGUGCUCUGCAUCGACGAGGGUCGCGGCCGCGAAGAUGUCGAGCGCUUUGUCCGAUCCAAGGCCUACCACGUCCUCGUCAUCGGCUACGAAAAGCUCAGAAGUUGUAUCGAUAUUGUCAAGACAGCGCAACCGGCCAUCGACUUGAUCGUCUGCGACGAGGGUCACAGGCUCAAAUCCAAGGAUGCCCAGACCACCCAAAUGUUUGACGAGCUCUCCACCAAACGCAAGAUCAUCCUCUCUGGCACGCCCAUCCAGAACAAUCUCUCCGAGCUCUACGCCAUGAUCGACUUUGUUGUGCCAGGCUUGCUUGUCAACCCUGAGGCGUUCAAGGCCAUGUUCGAGGAGCCCAUCCUGCGUUCCCGUGCCAAGCACUGUUCUAAGCAGACCAAAGCCACAGGCCAGGCACGCCUCAACGCGCUCAUGACCAUCACCAAAGACGUCAUUCUCCGUCGCACCGCCGAUAUCCUCAGCAAGUUUUUACCGCCCAAAAAGGAGAUGGUGCUCUUUUGCAGCCCAAGUCAGGAGCAGAUUCGCAUCUACCAGUCUAUCCUUGGUUCGAGCGACGUGCGCUCGCUGCUACGCGGGGAAGCCGGCAACGGUCUUUUGCAGAUCGGCGUGCUGCGAAAGCUGUGCAACACGCCAGAGCUGCUGCUCAAGGACACGGAAUCGACAGCAGACAGUCCCACCAAGGCGCUCGUCGGCGACCUCACGCGCUUCUUCCCGCCUAACUUUGUGCGCAACGAGGCGAGGUUCGGCGGCAAACUCAUCUGCGUCAUGAACCUGCUUCAGACGGUCAGGGCACAGACCAACGACAAGGUAGUGCUGGUUUCCAAUUUCACCAGCACGCUCGACAUUGUCGAGGCCAUGAUGCGCAAGAAGCGCUAUCCGUACCUUCGGCUCGACGGCAAGACGCCGCAGGACGAGAGGAUGGCCAUGGUCAAUCAAUUCAACCGCGAGGGUGUCGACAAUUCGUUUGUCUUUCUUCUUUCUGCAAAGAGUGGUGGCGUGGGUCUGAACCUGAUUGGCGCAAACCGACUCGUGCUGAUCGAUUCGGACUGGAACCCGUCCACGGAUCUUCAGGCUAUGGCGCGUAUCCAUCGAGACGGACAGAAGAAGUCCUGCUACAUCUACCGGCUGUUGCUCUCUGGCACCAUGGAUGAGAAGAUCUACCAGCGACAGAUCUCGAAGCUGGGCCUGUCCGACUCGCUCAUGAAUGCAGAGAAAAAAACGGCGUCGGACACGUUUUCCCAAGAGGAGCUACGCGACAUUUUCACGUUGCAUCUGGAUUCGACGUGCAUCAGCCACCGUCAACUGCUCUGCGACUGCGAUGGCAAGGGCGGCAGUGCCAACUUGAAUCAGCCCGGUCAAACGGGGUUGAGUACGUUGGCCGACAGCCAAAGUUCGAUCAAGAGCGAAGAGGAAGAAGAGCUGCCAGGAUUCGUGGCUGCAUCGCAACACGUGGUGGACAAAGCGGCGCAGGACAAGCUGGAGCGACGCAAGAAGCUGCUGGCGCUGUACAAAUGGGCGCACUAUGACUGUGUGAAGCAUCCCGACGGAUUCCCCGAGGACGAGAUUGUGGCAGCGAUGAUCCGCAGUGGUCGCAAAAAAAGCAACCCUGCUCAAGGUCGACCCCAAGGCAUCAAGGCUGAGGCGGAAGACGAGUGGAGUAGCGAUAUGAAGGAGCGAGGCGACGAUCUGUUCCUUUCCCAAAGCCCUGACGAGGAGGAGGAAGACGUGGAUGGCGAAGCGGCUUUCGGAUUUGAGCGGAACAACUUCCGUAUCGACGCCGUCGAAGCAGGCAGAAUCUUGUUCGUGUUUGCAAAGAACUCGGACCAGACCACGGGCGAUGCCGCUCCGGCGACGGUGGCCACUCCGCUUGCUGCACUCGAGUAA